AUGCGGCAAUUCAUACCAGUGAUUCACGGCUCGUUGGACUGGAUUGCUUUGGAGGCAUGCUCGCUCGCCUCACUGAAACCGGUCACAUUACCACAUCAGCGGCAUCGUGAGCCGGCUGCAGCGGUUGAACUGCAUCCAAGCGCCGCAAAAUUGUACAACUAUUGCAGAUUCAAUGGAAUCCCCGGUAAGCAGCUGGAUUCCGUACCAGAAGGCGCAAGCGUCGCUGAAGAGGCCCAUGUCGCUGUAUACUUGCAGCCGAUAACGCCAGUGACGGGCGAGAGGCAUCGUGCCCGUGCACCGCUUCUUGUGGACUCGCCGCACUCUGGAAGAAUCUAUCCGGUCGACUUUGAAUUCUAUCCGGAAUUCACCAAGCUCCGCCGAGGCGAGGACGCCUACGUCGACCGUCUGGUCGCGCCUGCGUUGCACAGUGGCGCUACCGUAAUCGCUGCUCUCUUCCCUCGAACCUAUAUUGACGUGAAUCGGCACGAGAACGACAUCGAUGUGGAGCUGCUAGCCUCGCCAUGGCCGUACCCAGUGAGGCCUUCCGAGAAAACCGCUCGUGGUCUGGGUUUGUUGCGGCGCUAUGUGAUUCCCGGCGAGCCGGUUUACGCCCCCGGGAAGCGUUUAACAGUCGAACAAGUUCACCAUCGUAUUGUAUCUUAUUUUGAGCCCUAUCUGACCCUAGUCGCGAACGCGAUAGAUGCUCUCCACUCCGAGUUCGGUGUUGUCUACCAUCUAGACGUACACUCGAUGAAAUCCAGGGGAAAUGCCAUGACGCCGGAUGGUGCUGGCGCUUCGCGUCCCGAUGUUGUGGUCGGUGACCUGCGCGGCCUGGCAUGCGAACCAGAAUUUACGCAGUUUGUCGUACAAGCGCUCGAGGCCGAGGGCCUUAGCGUCAGUGUCAAUAAGCCGUAUGCUGGUGCCGGCAUUCUACGGCGAUUUGGAGCACCUCAGGAUGGAGUACACUGUCUGCAAAUAGAACUGAAUCGAGCGCUCUAUCUGGACGAGGAGCAGGUGGAAUGCCUGAGCGAUGGCCGAUUUGAGCGGCUGCAGAGCGCGCUCGCUCGCGUCUUUGCACGCGUUGCUGACUGGACGCUGAAGCGUGCCGCAGAGGAAAUGGGCAAGCCGAUCUCAGAGCAGGACACGGAAGCGGACUUUGUGCGCCGCGUACUUCCGUCCGUCGCGCGGCGCUUGCGCAGCUCGGGAAUGCGCGUCUCGGCGAGCCUUCUGGAGCCACUGCUGCUUGGCGAUGCCGACGGGGGUCAUGAGUCGGACCCUGACUCCAAUGACAGUCUCGACAGUGAUUACGAGCAAGAACCGGAGAUUUCGGAGAAGCAAUCCCCAAAAGGCUUGUACUGCAUCCCUUCCUGA